AUGAAUAGGUGGCGCUUGUCUCCUCAGCAGCAGAAUUGUGGGUUUAAAAAAGCAGCUCGAAAACCAGAUGGAGUCCAUGAACCAGCACCCAGAGACCUGCGACCCAAAGACCCCCCAGGGCCCAGCGACCUGGUACUGAAGGAGCCUGCCCCCCUGCGGAGGCCCUGGCCCUCAGGUCCCUACAGAGACUUCAGGCAGCUUCUCAAACCCUUGGUCUUCACUGUGGGGUUCUCAGGAUGUUCGUUUGGUGGCGCCGCCCUGUGGCAGUACGAGAGCCUCAAGUCCAGAGUCCAGAGCUACUUCGACCAAGUCCAGGCCGACUGGUUAGACAGACUGAGGCCAAAGAAGAGGGGAGACCUGAGGAGAGAGAUGAACCAGUGGUGGAACAGUCUGAGUGAGGGUCAGCGCACAGUCACAGGGAUCAUUGCUUUGAAUGUUCUGGUCUUUUGUUGUUGGAGGAUCCCGUCUCUGCAGAGAACCAUGAUUCAGUACUUCACUGCAGACCCAGCUUCAAAGACGCGGUGCCUCCCCAUGCUCUUCUCCUCCUUCUCGCAUAUCUCCUUCUUCCACCUGGCUGCGAACAUGUACGUCCUGUGGAGUUUCUCCAGCAGCGCGGUCUCUAUGUUCGGGAGAGAGCAGUUUGUGGCAGUCUAUCUGUCUGCAGGUGUGGUCUCGUCCUUCUUCAGUUUUGUCUCUAAAAUAGCCUCCGGUCGCUUCGGUCCGUCUCUGGGAGCAUCUGGUGCCAUCAUGUCGGUCCUGGCCGCCGUCUGCACUCAGUCUCCGGAGUCAAAACUCGCCAUCAUUUUUCUGCCCAUGUUUACAUUCAGCGCUGGGAAUGCCCUGAAGGCCAUCAUGGCCCUGGAUACUGCUGGACUGAUUCUGGGCUGGAAGUUCUUCGACCACGCGGCUCAUCUGGGAGGAGCUCUGUUCGGAGCAUGGUACGUUCUGUUUGGACAUGAGCUCAUCUGGAAAAACAGAGAACCAUUUGUGAAGCUUUGGCACGACUUCAGGACCAGAGGAGGAGGAGGAGGAGGAGGAGGAGCAGGAGCGGUGUGA